AUGUUCGUUCCUAAAGCUGGUAGUCGCAGUCUUCGUCGACGCCAGCGCACAAGUUCGGAUGACUCCGUCAACCCACCGAAGGCGAAGAGACAACGCUCAGUCUUGCGACGCCCGGACGAAUCCCCGCCCGAUACCAAACUGGGGCGUGAGCUCACAAAAUUGGCAGCAACUGCUCCAUCAAACGGCGAAACUGCCCUUACAGACAAAGUCGAUACCGAGUCGCACAUAUCAACACGAAUCGUGAAGCAAGGCGAUGGUCCUGGAAACAACAAUGAAGGCACAAUCAUUUUGUCAAGCACCGAUUUUUACACCGUGGAGCAACUUCCCGCUCUUCCAGACCAGAUCCGUGGCUUACAAUCAGGUAUCUCAAAUUCGAUAGCUCUUUCUCAGCUUGAGGCGCAGCUCGUUAACAAUCGGAAAGCAGAACCCCUCAGGUGCUUCUUCGGAACCGGCCAUGAUCACGCAUUGGCUUUGACUCGCUCGCACGCAAUUGUGUGGCCCUAUAAUGCGCCCAGUUCGUCCCCGUCUCCGUCGGACACGUUCACUGUAUCUAUCCCGGAGUCAUGCAGGGAUCCCAAAGGCGCAGUCCCACUCGGAGUUCUACUAUCGACGGCUAGUGGAGAUCAUCCCGGUCUUUUGGUGAUAAUCCCUUCCACGGGAAAGAUCAUUUACUGGGAGACUGUGUCCAGUGCCGCAUCCCUAGGUUUAUCUCGACAAAAGCAGAAUGGCAUUCAAGGAACCACUCCCGGUAUGCUUUCUGGUGAGUAUGCCACGGACAUAAUGAACGCAGAACCUUCCGGCAUCAUUACCACAUUCUCGUCGGGACGAGUAGCACACAUCACUCUAAGGGAUCCUCAGGGAAAACCUUCCGUGCUCGUCAACUUCCUCAGAAGCAAUGCAGGGACCGGGGGCGGCGGUAUUCUAGGCGGCAUCAAGAACGUUUUUGCAGGCGGUUACUGGAGAAAAGAGGUCACUGCCGUUCGUGCUGGUGGUUCCCACCAACGCGGCCAGCGAGAUGUCAUUGUUGCAACCUCGACCGGGCUGGUAGAAAUAUGGGACGCACACUGGAAUCACGGAAACACCCUCAAGAGACGAUACGAUGUCAAGGACGAGAUCUUGGCGGCUCUCCCGGAGCACCACGUGAAGUCGGCAGGCGAUUCCGAGCUCAAAAUCAUGGACUUUGCGUUCUCUACUAUGCAGUCUUCUGACGCUGCUGUUCAACUCGCCGAUGGAUCCUGGCGCCUCUUUAUGGUGGUCAGGUCCCCUCAAUGGUCGGAAACGAAGGCGCUUUACGUGGUCCAGGUCCUCUUGUCGGGAAAUGAAUCUCGUGUUAUCUCAACGCAUCCCGUGGAUGUUCAUCACAUCCCUGCACCCAUGCUUGCAGACUCGAAACCCCAGAUCUUUGUUCCAAAGCCAGAAGAAACAGCUUUCAUUCUUAUUGGCCAAUCUAUUUUCAUCUUGUCAUUGGCGGAAAUCGAAGAAUCUCCGUCUUCACAACUGCUUCUCGACUCUAAUAAGCUACCUCUGCCUUUCCAAGACACCAUCCACUUGCGAUCAGGCACAGACCACGAGAUUCUGGGAACCACAUCAGAAGAUCAAGUGAAUUCGGCAAGCGCAGCAUGUGUGCUCAUGCUUCGGGAUUUCGGCGUCCUUCGUGUCACUGUACUUCCUCGCCCCGAGGCAGAUAUCGACGAGCUUCAAGUCACAGCAAAGCACAAGCUUGAGCAGGCGGUAUUCUUUGGUACCAUGGUGAAGAACCCUUUGAAUCUAUCUGGCGAAGGCGAUCUGAAUUUCCCUGCAUCGGAAAUAGAGCAAGCAUCCUUGGAGAUCUGCAGGGAGUUACUCACAUCUGAAGCACGCUUUAUUCCGACCACGGCUAUCUCACUGGAGCAAAAUCUCCGACUAAGAGCCAAAGCAUUGGAUGACCUUGCCUCAUUGUUGUCACGCAGAGGGAAUCCAUUGAGCCGACCGGCAAGGUGGGAGUUGCUUUGGGCAGCUGAAAAAAUUGCAGCACAAAGAGCCAUGUUGAAGGUUCAAGAGUCCAGCAAGACUAAGAACACAGAUGAGGAGCCCUUCCUUAGCCAUGUCAUUAAAACCAUGAAGGACAAAUUCAAGACUCCCGUGAACCCGCAACAAGGGGAAACUGAUCCUGUGCGUCAAUGGUUCUUGAGAGACUCCUACCGCAUGGAGCAUGUUAUCCCAUGGAUCAAGAACGCAGUCAAGCAAGGGCGGAGCAACACCUACAACCCUGCACGCGCGUUGUCAGAAAGGAUACUGGCGGCUAGUGAGUUAUUCCUGGCUGUUACGGAGACUGCUUUCCGAUAUCGCGAUGAGCACGUUACACUUUAUGGCCUGAGCGAAGACUUCCUGGAGGAUGGUGUGCUUUCUGAUGGAUAUGAGGACCUUCCCGAGUUCUGGACAUCGAGAGGCGUUGGCUACUCCGAAGCCGGACAUUUGCUCGACUUGGAACUGGAUAGCUGCCGGGCAUGGACAACGCCCGUGAACACCGCAGAUGUCCCUGACACAUCUGUCUCGAACCAAGUUGCCAGAAACAGCUAUCGGCAUCUUCGCGUGCUCGGUCAAAUGCACCGCGAGCGGACUCGAUGGCUGUCUGCGCAAGGCGAUCCUAAACUGAUGGACGAGAGUGUGUCGAUUGAGCAGGCCCAUGUCGAAGACCGCAAAUGGCAACUUUUCAAACUGGCCGGUAUCGACCAUCUCUCUGAUGCCAUCGAGCUGGCGGAAAGCUUCCGAGACAUGGGAGCGCUGGUAGAGUUGAUCGUUGAGCUUCAAGAUCAAAAGGCAGGCCAACAACCGUCUGCAGAAACCUCAGGUCAAACUGAGAUUGAUGCAGACCAACUGAUCGCGAAAUACUUCGACAAAUUUGGCGACCAAUGGGCGGAUGCGUACUUCUCCCGGCAGAUAGCGAAUGGUUACCCUGGAACGCUGUUCACCAUGCAAAACUACCAGUCUGCCGUGACUCGAUUCCUUCGACGAAACCCCUCAUAUGCUCGCCUCAGCUGGAUCAACGAUGUCACCGGUGAAGACGACUAUGAGACUGCUGCCGCCUCUUUGGAGAACCUGGCCCUUAACAGUGAAAAGGACCUGUGGAGUCACCGGGUGGAGAUCUCCCUGGCAAAGCUAGGCAAACUAGCAACGCAGGAGCGCAAUCAAUCUCAGAUUGUGACUGCCACCGUGCAAGAGGAUGUGAAACGCCUUGAUGAUUAUAUCAAGAUCGAUGCGUUCCAAGAGAGCCUUUACGGACACAUUGAACAUGUCCUGGUAGCCGCUAUUGACCGAAAGGCAGAGGUUGACCUGGCACUCGGUCACUAUGGAGGUUAUCUCGUCGAAGAACGGCCAUCACUUCAUGAAAUCUUUGGCGAGGCCCUCUCCACUUUGAUUAACAAGGAGGUCGUCGGUGUCGAUGGUCUGAUUGAUAUCCUGACAUUGAUGGGCCCUGAUCAGCCUGCAGAUGACACCGAGAGCGAUGUAUUCAUCCGAAGCGAGUUCCAUCUCGCCUUGCAGGUUCUUGAACACAGUCGCUACGGACAACGAGAUCCAUCCUACCUGAUGGCUGUGCAGCGGUUGAUCUGGCGCCGCUGUAUGAUCAAGGAUGAUUGGGUAGCUCGGGGCAAGGCUGCCGAAGGACCUAACGGUCAUGCAGAUAACACGGUCGCUAAUACUGCUCUGUACCGGGCACUAACUGCAUGCUUGGAAGAACCUCGAAGCGGUGGCCUCCACUCAGUCUACACUCUUAUCUCACCCGCGGAGGCUUUGAUGGCUGACUCCGAUUCCGAUAUCCUUGUCUCGCGAUUCCGCUCCGAGCAGAAGACGCGUGUGGCUCUCGAUCUUCAGACCGAGAACGAUAUCUUGCGCCAGUGCAUUGAGGUCGGUAAACUGGAUUUCUGGUUCCAGAAUCUAAGGGAAACUGCUGAGGUCCAGACUUCGACUUCGACCUCGCAAUAA